CGAGGACUUUUCCAGCUGUCAUCAUGCCUGCUGAAAGGUUAGAGAAGAGGAAGACGAUAGACCUGAGGAAGAAACACAUCGGACCGUCCUGUAAGAUCUUCUUCAGCCAUGACCCCAUCAAGAUUGUGCGAGCCAAAGGCCAGUACAUGUACGAUGAACAGGGACAGCGCUACUUGGACUGCAUCAACAAUGUGGCUCAUGUGGGUCACUGUCAUCCGGACGUGGUGAAGGCUGGAGCUCGGCAGAUGGAAGUGCUCAACACCAACACUCGCUUCUUACACGACAACCUCGUUCUGUUUGCGCAGAAGCUCCAGGCGACGCUGCCCGACAAGCUCUCCGUGUGCUACUUCGUCAACUCUGGCUCUGAAGCCAACGAUCUGGCCCUCCGACUGGCGAGGCAGUUCACGGGCAACAAAGACAUCAUCACGUUGGAAAAUGCAUACCACGGCCAUGUGUCAUCGCUAAUCGACAUCAGUCCCUAUAAGUUCCACCAGCUGUCGGAUGCAGAGCAGAGUCAGUUUGUCCAUGUGGCUCCCAGCCCAGAUGUGUACAGAGGUAAAUACCGGGCAGAGCACCCUGAUCCAGCCACGUCGUAUGCAGAUGAAGUCAAAAAUAUAAUCAACAACAUUCACAAAAAGGGACGCAAGGUCGCUGCAUUUAUUGCUGAGUCAUUGCAGAGUUGUGGCGGGCAGGUCAUUCCCCCCUCGAGUUACUUCCAGCAAGUGGCCAAGCACGUUCAUGAAGCAGGAGGCAUCUUCAUCGCCGAUGAAGUCCAGGUGGGCUUCGGCCGCGUCGGCUCUCACUUCUGGGCCUUCCAGCUUCAGGGGGAAGACUUCGUUCCCGACAUCGUCACAAUGGGGAAGCCCAUCGGUAACGGGCACCCCAUGUCCUGCGUGGUCACGAGCAGAGAGGUGGCCGAGGCCUUCACCUCCUCCGGGAUGGAGUAUUUCAACACCUUUGGCGGUAACCCCGUGUCAUGUGCCAUCGGUCUGGCCGUCCUGGACGUGAUUGAGAAGGAGGACCUGCGGGGAAACGCUCUGCGUGUGGGGCGCUACUUGACCGAGCUGCUGGAGAAGCAAAAGGACAAACAUCCGCUGAUCGGAGACAUCAGGGGUCGGGGUCUGUUUGUCGGGGUGGAGCUUGUGAAGGACAGAGUCAAACUCACUCCUGCUACAGCAGAGGCCCAGGAAGUCAUUUAUAAGCUGAAGGAGCAGCACGUCCUCCUCAGCGCUGACGGACCUCAUCGUAACGUGCUGAAGUUCAAGCCGCCGCUCUGCUUCACGACUGAGGACGCCGACCUGGUGGUGGAGAAAAUCAACCACAUUCUAACAGAGCUGGAGGAGGCGCUGGGCCUAAAGCUGAACACACACACCGAAAACAGCCGAAGAAAGGCAUCGAGGGAUGAAAACGGACACGGAGAGUUAAACCACAAAGACGAAGGACUUGAGCACCAAACCAAACGCAUCAGAACAUGAAGACGACCUCAUCGCUCGGCUG